AUGCUUACCAUGAUUUUUUUUGGCAUAUUAGCUGCGGCAUGCGCCUUUCCUCAACACUGGGGGAAGAUAUCUGCGGGUUCGAUUGAAUUUCACGGAAUCUACCCCAGUUUCCCGGGCGCGCAAUCCCCGGCAACAAGUAUUCAGCCUAUUUCAUCUUUCACCCAAUUGUAUGAGACUACUAGUGCUGCCUUUCAUACAGCUGUUUCCUCAUCUUCCCCUGCCAGCGCGCCCCCGACAGGCUAUUCUGCCACGGUGGUCGCACAUCACAACGCGCACCGAACCAAUCAUUCGGCUCCGGAGAUCGCCUGGGACGAUGGGCUCGCCGCAACUGCUCAGAAGAUUGCAGAGUCUUGCACGUAUGCCCAUGAUACAAGCAUCGAUGGUGGAGGUUAUGGCCAGAACAUAGCUGCUGGAACCCAAAGCAGUGAGAUCGGUUCCGUGAUUACUGACAUAUUUUACAACAAUGAAGUGUCAAACUUCGAAGGUCUUUAUGGCGAAGCCACUCCAAGCAGUAUAGACGACGAAGCCGCCUUCAACAGCUGGGGCCAUUUUACUCAACUUGUCUGGGCCAGUUCGAAUUAUGUCGGGUGUGCUACGGUAGACUGCAGUGCAAGUGGCCUUGCAAACACUGGUAGUUUCGUGCCCCCGUACUUCACAGUUUGUAAUUAUAAGCCAGCUGGCAAUCUUCUUGACCAGUUCAACACCAACGUGCGCGAAUCUCUUAACCGGCCUUCCAUCUCCGGAGAUAGCCAGUUUUAG